UGUGAGCUGCUGCUGUCUGCUCUGACUGUUUCUGCAGUGUCUCUGUCAGUCAGUCCAAACCUUCAGCAGUUCUUCAGUGGAUCUUCUUCAGUGUCUCUGAGCUGUGUUGAUGGAUGGACAGUGAGGAGGACCAGAGGAGGACUCACUGAGGACUGUGGAGCAGCUGGAGGCUUUGGGAAGGUUAACAGUUCCUCAUGUGUUCUGGAUCUCUCUGUCUCCUCUGAUGGAAGUUACUUCUGUGUGAAUCCAUCUGGACAGCAGAGCGAUGGAGUCUCCAUCACUGUGUCAGAUAAAGGUGUGAUCCUGGAGAUCCCUGCACUUCCUGUGAGGACAGGAAGUGAUGUCACUCUGCGCUGUAAACCCAAAGAUGGUUCUAGACCAAAAUCUUAUUUCUUCAGAGAUGGUGGUGAACUUGGACCUGGACCUGAAGGAGAGUGGAUUCUGUCUAACGUUCAGAAGUCUGAUGAAGGUCUCUACAAGUGUUGUACUGAUAUUCAUCCAUCAUCUCCUCAGAGCAGACUGAGGGUCAAAGAUCCUCCUCCUCCCACCACAACAACCUCUCCUCCUCUUCCUCUUUCUACUCUCUCUUCCUCCAGCUCCUCCCUGCCUCUUUAUCUCCUGGUCCUCCCUGUAGUCCUGGCCCUGGUUGGAGGUGUGGUUCUGUGGAGAAAACAUAGAGUGCCUCCCUCUGAGUCUGUGCUCAGACUCUUCUGCCAUCUAGUGGUCUUCUGUCCAUACUGCAUCUCCACUGGUCUGCUUUGGUCCAUCUGCUGCAGCAUGAAGACACCAAACAAACCAGCCGUCUCAAUGGGGACAGCCCAGCAUGGUGGAGGAGGUCAGGGAUUGGAAGAAGAGUAUAAUGACGUCACUGCUGAUGUCAUCACUGAGCAUGCCUUCUGA